CAGCUCAGUGCAGUGUUUCCACCGGGACAGGCGCGAGAGCACGGAUCCGGAGAGAUUUAUCACACGCACGCGCGUACAUACAUAUGUGUAUGUAUAUAUAUAUAUAUAUAUAUAUAUACGUACAUACACACACACACAUACACACACAGAGAAACAGCGAGAGCGUGUCAGAGAUAUACACAGACAGGAAAAAAAGAAGAAACAAAUAGACAGAGAGUGAGAGUGAGACAGAAAGAGAGAAACUGGACCGAAAACAGAGCAGAAGAGUGUUGCACAUGGCCGGGAUUAUUUACUCAGUCGCUUCACUUUUCUUUGGGAUUUCUGCCGCUAUCAGCAGCCUGCAACGGACUUAUCCUCCAAACGAAGUUACACUGCUGGAUUCGAGAUCCGUGCAGGGAGAACUGGCAUGGGUAGCGAGUCCGACGGAAGGAGGGUGGGAGGAGGUGAGCAUCAUGGACGAGAAGAAUGUCCCAAUCCGGACGUACCAGGUUUGUAACGUGUUGGAGUCGAGUCAGAACAACUGGUUACGCACGCACUGGAUCGAGCGCGGGCCGGCGCAGCGCGUCUACAUAGAGAUCAAGUUCACUUUACGUGACUGCAACAGCCUACCCGGCGUCACGGGUGCUUGCAAGGAGACCUUCAACCUCUACUACCUAGAGUCGGACUCGGGUGGAGAGCACGGUGUACCUGAGCGCCGCUUUGCUAAGAUCGACACAGUGGCGGCGGACGAGAGCUUCACACAGGUGGACGUGGGGGACCGUGUCAUGAAGCUGAACACAGAGGUGCGCACUGUGGGCGCGCUCAGCCGCAGGGGCUUCUACCUGGCCUUCCAGGACGUGGGCGCAUGCGUGGCACUUGUCUCCGUGCGAGUGUUCUAUAAGAGAUGUCCGCUGGUCGUCAGGAACCUGGCGAGCUUCCCAGAUACAGUAGCAGGUGCAGACGCGUCUGCGCUGGUGGAGGUGCGAGGUGCGUGUGUGGAGCACUCAGAGGAGCACCAAGAGCCCAAAAUGUACUGCGGCGCCGACGGGGAAUGGCUGGUGCCCAUCGGGACAUGUCUCUGUCAGCCUGGUUAUGAGGAGCGCAGUGGACAGUGUCAAGUGUGUAAGGUGGGAUAUUAUCGGGUGGUGACUUCAGAUGGAUCCUGCACUAAGUGUCCUCCACACAGUUACUCCAUGAGGGAGGGAGCCACGUCGUGUGAUUGUGAUAAAGGCUACUACAGAGCAGAGACUGACUCUCCGGCCAUGGGCUGCACACGUCCCCCCUCGGCUCCUCAGAAUCUGAUCUCCAGUGUGAACGAGACGUCAGUGUUGUUGGAGUGGAGUCCUCCGCUGUCCACCGGCGGCCGCCGUGACCUCACCUACAGUGUGAGAUGUGAGCGGUGCACGUGGACAACGGGACGGUGCGUGCCAUGCGGUGACGGUGUACGCUACUCACCCCAGAGACUGAGCCUGAACGGCACUCGGGUGUCUGUGCACCAGCUGCAGGCUCACACUAACUACACCUUCCACAUCUGGGCCGUGAACGGAGUGUCCAAACACAACCCGAAACCCGAGCAGUCUGCCUCCAUUACGCUUACCACCAACCAGGCUGCUCCAUCAACAGUGAUGUCUGUGCAGAGUAAGGACGUCACCCGUGACACUCUUAUACUCUUCUGGCAGGAGCCUGAUAAACCCAAUGGAGUCAUACUGGAGUAUGAGGUCAAAUACUACGAAAAGGAGCAGAAUGAGAGGAGUUAUCGUAUUGUAAAGACCACGUCUCGGAGUGUUAACAUAAAGGACCUGACACCAUUGACCUCCUAUGUGUUUCAUGUGCGCGCCCGCACCUCAGCCGGUUACGGAGAUUUUAGCGCUCCACUGGAGGUCAUGACUAACUCAGUGCCGUCUCCUGUGGUGGGAGAAGGCAUGAACCCCACCAUCCUUCUGCUGUGUGCUUGUGGCAGCGUCGUUCUGCUCCUCAUUCUUGCCUGUGCCUUCCUCAUCAGAAAGAGGAGGGCCAAAUACAGCAAAGCCAAGCAAGAUGAAGAGAAAAACCAACCAGGAGUGAGGGUGUAUGUGGAUCCAUUUACCUACGAGGACCCGAACCAAGCCAUCCGAGAGUUCGCCAAGGAGAUUGACGCCUCCUGUAUCAAGAUUGAAAAAGUCAUCGGCGUUGGUGAGUACGGCGAGGUUUGCUGCGGUCGUCUGAAGUUCCCCGCGAAGCGUGAGGUGUGUGUGGCCAUUAAGACGCUAAAGGCUGGGUUUACAGAGCAGCAGAGGCGGGACUUCCUGAGCGAGGCGAGCAUCAUGGGCCAGUUUGAUCAUCCCAACAUCAUCCGUCUGGAGGGCGUAGUCACCAUGUGCAAGCCGAUUAUGAUCAUCACUGAAUACAUGGAGAACGGCUCUCUGGACGUGUUUCUCAGAAAGAAUGAUGGGCGUUUCACAGUCAUUCAGCUGGUUGGUAUCCUGCGUGGCAUCGCUUCAGGGAUGAAGUAUCUAUCAGACAUGAGUUAUGUCCACAGAGACCUGGCAGCACGAAACAUCCUGGUCAACAGCAAUCUGGUGUGUAAAGUGUCUGAUUUCGGCAUGUCCAGAGUGCUGGAGGACAAACCUGAGGGAGCUUAUACAACACGGGGAGGAAAGAUUCCGAUUCGCUGGACAGCCCCAGAAGCCAUCGCAUACAGGAAGUUCACUUCAGCCAGUGACGUGUGGAGCUACGGCAUCGUCAUGUGGGAGGUGAUGUCAUACGGAGAGCGGCCAUACUGGGACAUGAGUAACCAGGAUGUUAUAAAGGCAAUAGAGGAAGGGUACAGGUUACCAGCACCGAUGGAGUGUCCUGUAGCACUGCACCAGCUCAUGUUGGAGUGCUGGCAGAGAGAGCGCAGCGAGCGGCCCAAAUUCAGCCAGAUCGUCAACAUGCUGGACAAACUGAUCCGCAACCCGAACACACUCAAGAGGAUGGGAGGAGAGACAAGCAGGUCACACACACAAAAGUCCCACCCAUCAGCACUAAACCACACCCCCUCCAUUGAGCCGUCCCCUUCAUUCAGUUCAGCGGAGGAGUGGCUGAAAGUUAUCGGUCUGGAGAAAUACAGAGAAAACUUUGCUAAGGCUGGACACAGCAGCCUGGAAAGUAUUAUACACAUGAAUCAAGAAGAUUUGGCCAAAAUUGGAAUCUCCUCAAGUGCACAUCAGAAGAAAAUCCUGAACAGUCUCCAGGAAAUCCUGUCUGGAAUACAACAAAUAGAAGAGAUAAAGCUUCCUGUCUGAUCUGUGACAGUGCCAUUUAAACCACCAUGAAUGACAAUAUGGAAACAAGAUGGAUAUAAUAUUUUAACUACUCACGCACUUUAAUUGGAUACGGACAGUAGCAGACAGUGGAAUAGCUGCACUUUUGAUGGACUAGCCUGUAUCUCAUGGUCUUCCUGACUGAGGAUUUCUGAGGGAGAACACGAAAAACUGUUGCUUCUCUGCAAAAUAAUACUGAUAUAGAUUCAGGAUUUCGUAUCGGAGUCCACUUUUGAACAGACUGUGAAAGUGACACUUGAAUGAGCAGUGAGAAUACUUUUGCUGUUUUUUUGAAUGAAGGGAAGCAACAUCGUCCCCUUCAGGUCAUCGUCUGAACAGCGCUCUUGUUGAUGGAUACAAGUGACUUUUUUUCAUUUCUUGGUCCUCUUAAAUACAGAUUUUUUUUUUUUGCUUGAGUGUGUAUUUCAGGAACUAUUCAAUUCAAGAUGCCUGGUGACUUUUGAACUUUUGAAAAAAAAAAACUUUACUGUCUAAAAGGAAUGAAGGUCCACAAUUCAGAAAUAUUUCUAAGAGGACUAGGAGCAGAUAUGCAGUGUACAGAGAACAUGUGAACCCAGGUAUGAUAUGGCUUGAGGCUACUUUUAUUUGGAGUUCCUCAAAAAAGUCAGAAUUAUCUGAAAAACGCAACGUAUUUUCCAGACCAUACUUUUUUCAAUUUAAAACUUGCAUCACCUUCACUAUCACUGUCGUCACUAUAAACAACAUUAAGCUAAUGUGAAAAUUCUAGCAUAUACUUUGCUUCACUGUACCUGCAAAUAAAGCAUUUUUGAAUGUCCAGAAAUACAGUAACUGUAUUUUGUAGCUAAUUUUCUUUAAAUACUUUGCCUGAUUUAACCUAGUCCUGUACUGUAUGUCUUUUUCUUAAUCUAUGACCAAGUCCAUGUUUUGGUGGACAUUUUACAGAUUAAUGUAGCUUCUUUAAAUGACCUAAACAAUCAGUUUUCUAUUGUACAUAAAGCAAUACUGUAAUAAAUAUAAUUUGUGAAGUGCCAGUGUAAAAUCUGUCUAAAUAUAUGCCAAGUUUAGAGGUGAACUGAAUGUAUUAUAAACCUGGUGCAUUUUCUAAUAAAAUGGACAACACCUAACCAGCGUC